GCAUGGGAUUAAUUUCCCCUCCCUUCCUUCCUAUUAGUUGUUUCUCAACUCCCAGGAAGAUUCAGACUUUUCUUGUGAGAUCUUUGUGCUUGCAGAUCCUGGAGAUACGCUCAGUCUUUGAGCAGCUUGCUUCUUGCAUCUAUAUCAAUUUGGAGAGAGGGAGAAGAGAUCGGUGAUAAGGGUAUGACUCAGGAUAGAUGAACAGAAGAGUAAUUUCUAAUUAACAACACUGUAUUGCCAAUGGUAUUUGCUUUACUUUGCUGGCAUAAGCACAGUGCAGGCCCCUGGGGGAGAGGGGAUGCUUUAGACCAAGAACUAGGAAACACAGCAAGUGUCAGCAAGAAAUUCCUGCCCAUCUGAGUGCUGAUUUGGGAACCUGAGAACAAGACCGUGUGAAAGACCUUCAACUGCCCUUCUUCACUACAAACCUCAGCACCCUGUGCAGCUACUGAACCUCUCCUCUCAGUAACGAGAAGGAUGUGAAGACCCCGGCAGCAGGGCCAGUUGCUCAGGAUGAAAAGCAGCUUUGGAACUCUGAUGGACUGGAUUCUUUGAGGAAGCUUUUCUUCAGCUGAAACAGCUGCUGUUUUGGAUGAAACAUUGAAGACCAGACAGCUUUGAGCUUUUCUGAAGUUUCAUCUGGUAAUCCAACCUGCUUAUGUGAGAAGCUCUGUUUCCUUUAUUCAUAUUGGUCACACUGCAGACAAGAAAAUAGGCUGUAAGGAGUAGCAAGAUGCCCCAUCUACCUGCUGUGUGAAAUUUGCUAUAAACUGAGGAGAUCUUGCAUCUUUGUGUGGAAACUAUCCAGCAUUUUCUGUCCAUUAACUACAACUAAUUUUUCUCUUUUCUUUGUAGUAAAAACGGGGGUGGGUUUCUGAGGAAAAGAACAUCUGAUACAAAAAACUGAACUGCAUCUAUUUUCAGUUCUUUAGGGCUGAGUCUUUUUUUUUCUUCUUUUUUUUUUCUUUUUUUUACUUGAAUUUAACAAAGAAAUCUUCUGUUCUGUUGACAUUUACAAGCAAAAUCAGUGUUUCAGUGCAUCAGAAGUGUGCUCUUCUGAAGAGCUGAUUUUUAUUUCCUUAUAAUUUGCUGAAGACACAGAGAUACGCAUCCAUGUCGCAACAUCGGCUUUCGAAGGAUGGACAUGAAAGUCGCUUUAGGAUCCUACCAAGGAUCAGCCAAAUCCUUCACAGUAGAAGGCGCUCGCGAAGUCACACGCUCCAAAUAUGCUCUGAUGAAGUCAUGUAUCAGGAUAUCAUCCCCCUCUAUGCAGCAGAUAUUCAUGACCAGUUAGAGAAACAGUUUGCUUAUCUGUCAGGUGGAAGAGGGGAAAAUGGAUGCCCUGUUAUCACCUUUCCAGACUACCCGGCUUUCAGUGAGAUCCCUGAAAAGGAGUUCCAGAAUGUCCUGACCUACCUGACCAGCAUCCCCAGUUUACGAGAUGCCAGAAUCGGAUUUAUUCUUGUCAUAGACCGCAGACAGGACAAAUGGACUUCUGUGAAAGCCUCCAUACUACGGAUAGCAGCAUCUUUCCCAGGGAACUUGCAACUCGUCCUCGUUCUGCGCCCUACGGGACUUUUUCAUCGAGCUCUCUCAGACAUUGCAUUCAGGCUCCACAGAGAUGAGUUUAAAAUGAAAGUACCUAUCAUAAUGCUGGGCUCAGUAUCAGAACUGCAGGGUUACAUUGAUAAGACACAAUUAACAGAAGAUCUUGGUGGCACCCUGGAUUACUGCCAUAACAGAUGGCUGUCCCGUCGCACUGCUAUAGAAGGUUUUGCCCAAAAGGUUAAGCAAACAGCUCAGAUUCUUCAGUCCUUUGGGACUGAACUGGCUGAAACAGAGCUACCAAAUGAUGUGCAGUCAACCAGCUCCCUUCUUGCAACACAUACGGAAAAGAAGGACAAAAUGAAGGAAGAUAUAAGGUUAGCAGUAGAACAGGGAGAUGAUAUCCUUGGAAGUAUUACAAAGCCGGUUACUGAGAACCCUGAAUACAAACUGAAUCAAGACCAACUAGACAAUCAAACUACAGUAGAGAGGCUUUUGGCUCAGCUACAUGAAACAGAGUCUGCCUUUGAUGAGUUCUGGAUUAAGCACCAGCAAAAACUUGAGCAGUGUCUGCACCUUCGGAAUUUUGAACAGAAUUUUAGAGAGGUUAAAGCAGCUUUGGACAUUGUGUCCGAGAGACUGUCUGCUUUCACAGAUGUGGGAAACAGCUGCUCACAUGCAGAGCACAUUUUGAAAGACCUUGCCAACUUUGAAGAAAAAUCAUGUGAAACUGUAGCAAAAGCCAGAAUGCUCGCUUCAGAGGGUGACGCUUUUAUUCAGAGCAAUCAUUAUGCUGUGGACUCCAUUAUUCCAAAAUGCAGUGAACUUCAUCAUCUCUGUGAUGCCCUCGUUACUGAGAUGGAACGGAGGAGGAAUACUCUUAAUAAAUCUCUAGAACUGCAUGGCUUACUGGAAAAGACUAUGAGGUGGUGCGAUGAAGGAAUUUAUCUUCUGGCUUCACAGCCUGUAGAUAAGUGUCAGUCACAGGAUGGUGCAGAAUCAGCAUUACAGGAGAUUGAGAAAUUCCUAGACACUGGUGCAGGCAAUAAAAUUGAGCUGAAUAAAUUGUACAGAGAGUAUGCUCACAUCCUCAAUGAGGACCUCAAGGAACAUGUGCAAAAGGUUUUCCAAAAGCAAGAAAGCAUGGAAGAAAUGUUUCAAAAGAGGCAAGUAAGUCUUAAGAAACUGGCAGCUAAGCAAACACGCCCUGUUCAGCCGGUUGCACCUAGACCCGAAGCCUUUGUAAAAUCUCCUUGUACCUCUCCAGGUCUUCAAAGAGAUUGUGUAUCCAACACAGAAAGCGGUGUGCUUCGGAAAGUAAACUACAGAAGAGGAAAGAAUGAAAUGAGUGAACUCCAUCAAAGCAGAGGAGGAUCUACAAUGGAUGAUGAAGAAAACCUAGCUGUGCUACGGCAGCAUGUAAUGAAUGAACUUAUUGAAACUGAGCGGGCAUAUGUGGAAGAACUUCUCUGUGUUCUUGAGGGGUAUGCUGCAGAGAUGGACAACCCAUUAAUGGCUCACCUCAUUUCACCAGAACUCCAGAACAAGAAGGAUAUUUUGUUUGGAAAUAUGGAAGAAAUUUAUCACUUUCACAACAGAAUAUUCUUGAGAGAACUAGAAAACUACGUAGAAUACCCAGAACUGGUAGGACGGUGCUUUCUGGAUCAGAUGGAAGAUUUCCAGAUUUAUGAGAAAUACUGUCAAAACAAACCUCGAUCUGAAAGUUUGUGGAGGCAGUUUUCAGAUUCCAUGUUCUUUCAGGAAUGUCAAAGGAAACUCGAUCACAAGCUCAGUUUGGAUUCAUACUUACUGAAGCCAGUUCAAAGAAUAACCAAAUACCAAUUAUUGCUAAAGGAAAUGCUGAAGUACAGUAAGAACUGUGAAGGUGCUGAAGAUCUCCAGGAGGCACUGAACUCUAUAUUGGGUAUUCUCAAAGCAGUCAAUGAUUCUAUGCACCAGAUAGCCAUCACAGGCUAUGAUGGAAACCUGAAUGAGCUGGGCAAGCUUCUAAUGCAGGGAUCCUUCAAUGUCUGGACUGAUCAUAAAAAGGGUCACUCAAAGGUGAAAGAUUUGGCCCGCUUCAAGCCAAUGCAGCGACACCUGUUCCUCCAUGAGAAGGCGGUGCUGUUCUGUAAAAAGCGAGAAGAAAAUGGAGAGGGAUAUGAGAAGGCACCUUCUUAUAGCUAUAAACACUCCUUAAAUAUGGCAGCAGUUGGAAUAACAGAAAAUGUCAAAGGUGAUGCAAAGAAAUUUGAAAUCUGGUAUAAUGCAAGAGAAGAAGUUUACAUCAUACAGGCACCAACUCCUGAAGUUAAAGCUACUUGGGUAAAUGAAAUAAGAAAAGUGCUGACUAGUCAACUGCAGGCAUGCAGAGAAGCCAGUCAGCAUAGGACACUUGAACAUACUCAGAGCUUACCUCUACCAGCAUCGUCUUGUACAAGCCCAUCAAGGAACAACAUCAGAAACAUGAAAAAAAUGGAGGAGAGAAAAGCUGAUCUCACAGGUCUAGAAGGUUAUGUCACCACAGUAGCACCAAAGUACCCUGAGAAAGGCAAAGAUGACACUAGCUCUACCUCAGAAUGCUCUGUACUGUCAAAAAAGCGCUUUACGCUUCAGGGCUUUACUAACCUCAAAAGUCAGAAAGAAACUCCAUCUUCUACUGCUAAAAGCCAGACAUUGCCAAUGAUCCUUCUUACAGGACCAGCUUCUCCUACCAGUCCUGACAAAAAAGCUAAACGGCACGAAGUAGUGAGUGAUCCAACUCCUUUUGGUGUAAGAGGUUGGGCUAAAACAUCUCAUUCUCUUGAUGCAUCUGAAGAAAAUGAUGGCUGGUCCAGUGCUGAGGAGCCACUGAAUUCAUCGGAUGCAGAAGAAGAAGGAGGAGGAGGUGGAGGGGGGAAUGAGAUGAAGCUGACUCCUGGUAAAUAUACAGUUGUGACUGAUUACGAGAAAGGAGUUUCUGAAGAAUUUGCAGUGAAAGGUGGAGAUGUAGUUCAGCUGAUUCGUGAAGGGGAGGAUGGACUUUGGUAUGUGAAGAAUCUGACCUCUGGUAGAGAAGGUUGGAUCCCAGCAAACAAUCUGCUGAUGCUCAUAGGCAAUUCAAAAUCAGCUCAGUCUCUGAGCAGCUCUGAAUCAGGCACUGCUUCCAGCACUUUGAGCACAUCAUCAAGUUGCAGUGAUAGCUGCAAUGCCAGCAGCACCAGCUUCUCGGACAUUAAGGGCUAACAUCAUAUUUUUCACCCCACCUCCACAGAAAGUAAAUCUGGACUUUGAGCCCAAUAUCCAAAAUCUGAGAUGCCUGUCUGGUUUUCUCUGUCUUCUCUGAUGAUUUUCAGAGAUUUCUCACAGAAGAUCCUGGUGAAAAGUGCAUUGAAUGUGAAGUUGUAAAUAAAAACUAAAUGAUCUGAAAUAGGGUAUUGUAGAGGCUUCUCCUGAAGUUUGAAGCUGCAGAGGUGUUGGCGUAAAACACAUUUUCCCACUGAUAUACAAUCAGGUUUCUGCAGAACUGUAUCAUUUCAUAACAUCCGGAAUCUGAAUGAGAGCAAACAAUGUGCUGAGUGCUGAAUCCUUGCCGUGAGCUAAUAGCAUAGCAAUCACUGUACAGGAUAGAUAUGAGGAGAAUAAAUCAGAGUUUAGUUUCUCCUCCCCAAAAUACCCAUUCUCCCUGGAUGUACCUCAAACAGUGCAGACAAUGGGAUGCCUACGGCCAGCAGGAUGUAAGUUUGGUGAGCCAUUUCUCUUGGGUCCUCAGGAUACUCUUCUGCAUCUCAGAGAUGGAUGCAGAAAUGACCAAUGCACUGACCAUAACAACAUCAGAACAGGAAAUCAUUUUAUCAUUUCCAACCUUAUAAUAAUUCAUGCAAUGGAAUAGUUGGGUGUUUUGUUUUGUUUUUAUUAUUAUUAUUAUUAUUUGAAAUAUUUUGGCCUCACAACCAAUCUCUUCACCAAGAUCUGUGUUUACGUAGCCUUGGCAACUUAGUAGUAUCAUCUUCCUUACACAGGUGCACAAUGAAACACAAAUGUUCUUAUUCACUGGAUGAUAUCUCAGUAAACUAAUUUCAUGGUUACCUUCAGCUCUAACACUUAGCAUGCAGUUAUAGGCAAAGAAAACUACGGUGAGUUCACUAUGGGCCAAGAGCAUAUCUUCAGGUAUACCUAAAAGGCUGAGAAACCAGACACUUCUAGUCAGUGGUGUUUGUUACAGACUUAUUCAAAGAGACAAAAAUGACAUGAUUUUUCAUAAAGCAAAACAUGGGUGAAAAAUCAUCUUUAUUAGUGUCAUGUUAGCCAGUGUUAGGAACUUUCACCUUGUUUCUGGUCUUUGCACUUUGUCCUUACAAACAGUACAGAAUUGUGUGCAUGUUCAAAAUGUAUUCAUUCCCCUAUGCCUUUCAAAUGUUUUUACUUAUGAAAAUAGGCUUUUACCUGAUUUGUAUGCCAUAUUACUUAAAACUGUCACGAACUUUAUAAUAAGCAACAUUUUUCAAUGUCAGUCAAAACUACUAUUAAUUAUUGGACCCUCUUUCUGAUGGCUAAGCCCAGAAGUCUACCUUUGUGCUGGAAAUUCAGAUAUUAGAGCCCGCAGCUUAGGAAAUUGAGGGAGAAAGAUUCUAAACAAUGAUCUUGGUCCUGAGCUGCAAAAGUAACCCUACCCAAAUGCAAUCAAAAAGCAGUUGACUGUGGUCACUACAAAUUAUACACAUCUAUACUCGCACAUCUAUGCACAUGUGUAUGUGCAUGUAUGUGCCUGUGUAUGUGUGUGUGUAGAUAUGUAAAUGUGUACAUAUGCUGUAUCAAUGUAAAGGAUGUAUUUAUAGUCUUCAUGCUGCUGAAUGUGUCACUUUACAAUUCAUACACACUUAGGUUUCUUGCAAUAUAAAUGCAGACCAGGGUUUUAAUUCAGACAUCUUUUCCAACACAGACAUCCUCCAGUCUUUUAAUUAUCCCAUAUGAUACUGUGCUGAUCGGGAAUACUUAGGCUGAUAUUUAACAAUGAGAUGGCAGCAUGAAAUUCAGCUUAUCUUCAUCUCUGUAAGUUAUUUUGUAAAUUCUGUAACAUAAUUUACCUGUGUAUUGCUGUCAUUGCUUGGAUAAGACUGUCCUUUCAUUUCUCACUGUGGUUCAUUUGUGUUACUUCAAUGGUUUUCUCCACAUCAUGGCACUUUAAUAGAUUUCCUUUUUGUUGUUGUUGUUGUUUUUAAACUGCUGUUGUGAUUUAGAGGUUCAGAGUAGGAGGUCUCUAUUGUAAUUAUAAAGAUUUGAAUAAAUGUCAGCACUUCUUGCUGAAUGCCUUUAUACA